CCCGCGACCCUCCCGCGCGUGCCAGCGGCGAAAACCCGGGUGCGCCUGCCCGCCAUGGCCUACGGGUUCCCCGCGGACGUCCUGGGCCUCGCCGCGGGGCUGCAGAACGGGGCGGUGCUGUCGGGGGCGGAGAGGCGCUGCUUCGCGCUGGCGGGCUUUGUGAAGGUGCGGGGCGCUCUCGCCAAAGCCGCCUGCGAUGCGGCGGCGGAGGACUGCUCUGUGCUUUGGCUUUUGGGUUCCCAGACGCUCGAGAACUGGGACAACGGAGUAUGACCGCUCCAAGCAGGCGGUGUGGAGCCGGCUGGAGGGAGUGGAGCCUGGGAAGCCCAGUUCCUGGGAGCGAGGCGACAUGAUGAUGAAGCAGCAGAUCCCCAGCGACUUGCUGAGCAACUGUGCGCCCUUGCGCGGUGCGCUGGAUGACCUUCUAGGGGAGGGCCGGUGGAGCAUGGGAGAGGACUUGGGCUGGGCGCCCCUGCGCUUCCCGGCCGCGCCCAAGAUCCGGCGCGAGGGGGUGGAACCUGCCAGAGUGGAGGUGCCGAGGAGCUAUCACCUGGAUGGGUCCUGGUACCAGCACCACCUCUUCUGCCCCCAGCAGGCCAUCAUCGUCUGCCCUGUGCUCACCGGCACCGCGCUGGGCGCCGGGGGCACGGCCCUGAAGCUGGGCUCCCACUUCGCCAUGGCGGAGGACCUGGCGCAGGCGGAGGCGGAGGGCGGGAUGGACCACGCGAGCCUCUGCCGCCGUGCGCAGGCUCUGGACGUGGAGCGGUACCCGGAGCUGGAGAUCUACUGCGAGGCCGGGGACGUGCUGCUGCUGCAUCCCCACGUGGCCCACAGCAGCACCACCAACGUGCGCUGCGGCGCGCCGGUGCGCCUGGCGCUCACGAAGCGAGCCUAUUGGGUGGCAGGGCCUGCCCCCUCCGUGGAAACGCUGGCGCCGGUGGAGCUGGCCAUGUCCUGGGCCGCCUUAUCGCCUGAGAGGCCUCCGCUGGGCCGUCUGCUGAGCCUCGCGGAGGCGGCGCUGGCGGAGGCGGCGGACGGCCGGGUGCUGCGGUGGCGCGCGCUGCGGGCCAUGGACUUCGAGGUGCCCUUUGCAACGAAAGAAGAUGUGGACGCCUUGCUCCAGGAUGACGAGUGUGACCUGGGGGGCCGACUGCUCAGCCCACAGCUCCUGGCCUCAACGCUGACGCGGCUGGCUCGGCCGGGGCGGCUGCAGCGCCUGGGCCUGGCGCGGUGUGGCCUGGGCCCUGCCGGCGCCUGCGCGCUGGGCAAGGCGCUGCGCGAUGCGGUUCCCGCCCCCCGGGAGCUGCUGCUGCAAGGCAACUGCCUGGGGGACGGCGGCGUGGUGGGCCUCCUCGCGGCGGCCGGGCGGAGCUUGGGCGCCGUGGAGGUGCUGUCGCUGAGCGGCAACGGCUUGUCGGCCGUGGCGGCGGAGGCCCUGGCGGCGGCGGCGGCGCCGGGCCUCGGAGCGCACCUCAAGCUGAGCGAAAACCGCAUCGGUCCUGAAGGCGCCCACGCGCUGGCGGCUCUGGCACACCGCUGCGGGCGCCUGGAGCUGCGGGGCUGCCCGUUGCAGGACUCCUUCUGCGCGGCGCUCAAAGAGCAGCAGAACUGCAGCUUGGAGGCCUUGGACUUGGAGGCCACCGGCGCCACGGACGCCUCCUGCGGCCUCAUCGCGGAGCUUUUCGCCGCGCAGGGCGCGUCCGCGCCCGGGCCGCGGCUGAAGCUGGUGCGGCUCUCGCUGCGGGGCUGCCGCGUCACGGACGCCGGGGCCCGGGCGCUGGCGCGCGAAGCCGCGGGGCGCCUGUGCAGGCUCGACCUGGGCCGAAACGCCGUGGGGGAUGCGGGCCUGGAGGCCUUGGCACACGCCGGAGGCGGCGAGCUGCUGCUGGGCACCAACCGCGUCGGCGACCGGGGCUUCCUUUCGCUGCUCGGCGCGGCCGAAGGCGACGAAAGCUGGGAGCUGGGCUUCGUGAACUUAACGAGCAACCUCCUCACCUCCACCUCCGUGGACGCGGCCGCGGCCUUUCUGCGCCAAAGAGCCGCGAGCGGCGGGCGCCUGGGGCUUUUGGGGCUGGACCUCACCUACAACGACGCCUCGGUCGCCUCUGUCCGGGACUUCCGCGCAGCCGCGGCGGCGGCGGCGGCCGUCUUCCCGCAAGUCCGAGCCUGCCACUUCACCGCCGGGUGCGGCUGACAUCUCUGGGAAACGGGGACGGAGGCGUGUGACGCGCGCACGAGGUCCACGAUUUGAGCAGAGUUUCUCAAUGCUGAAUCUCGGGCAGACGCCAAAGUUCGCAAUGCAGCAGAAGCGGCCCUUUCCACCAAACCGGGCCCUGGCGAUCGGACGAGAAGACCCUCUGCGGUGUUCUUGGAGCGCUCAAGGAACGCGGCUUGGUCCCGGAGUCCCUUGCCAGAAGGUCUCCUUUGUCCGGGACUUCCGCGCUGCAGCGGCGGCGGCCGUCUUCCCGGAGGUCCGACCCUGGCACUUCACCGCCGGGUGCGGCUGACAUCUCUUGCGCCUGGCGGUGUGACGAGAAGUCGAGUUCGAGGGGGGAAAGGCCGAGGCUCGCGACGCGACCAAAGGGCCCGAAGGCCGCCGGAAAGCGGCCUAUGCAUCUUGGGUGUCGCCCUGGAAGGCCAGCGCGAAAGGCGAGCCCGGACAGCUGAAUUGUGGAUUUCAGACUUUCAUGUGGAGUUUCUUAAAGGGAACUGGUCAGGAGUAAGCAAUCCAGAUCUUUUGUUCCGGCGCGGAAAUGUAACGUCUCACUUGCUCACGCUGGAAAUCCUCAGAAAAUGGGGGCGGACUGAGGGGCAGACCGUCUGGAUGACACUUCGGGCAGAUGCUUGGCUUUUCCAACUUUGGACAGGAGCAGGCUAUAGCAUCGGGGGAGAAACUUUGCUGCAGAGAUCUUUAUCUUUUCUCAUUCACCCAGUUGCCCAGUGGCGGCCC